AUGGUCUCCUACAGGCCGCUGCCUAUGACCACUGUGGUUGAGGCGCAUUUGAUAAUCAACAUUGUUCUGGUUGGCGUCACGGUACUUGUCGUAAUACUACGGAUCCUAUCUCGAAUUCUAGCUCGAUCGCGGCUGGGAAUGGAUGACUACUUGACUAUGCUGGCUGUCCCUCAAGGAAUCGGCAUGUUGGUACUGCAAGCAUUAUUCGCAAGAUCGGGUCUUGGGUACGAAUUCUCGAAGGUCGCUGGGAACUGGCGCUUCAUAACUUUGCUCAUUCUCCCAUUUGAGGUGCUCUUCAGCGCCUGUGUCCUGACGACCAAGCUCAGCGUCCUGUUCUUCUACAAACGAGUGUUUACAAGUAACGCAAUGCGCCUCGCGACCAGGGUAACGUUGGUGAUCGUUGUCCUCUGGGGAGUCGGAAAUCUCUUGCAGACUUUCCUGGUUUGCCACAUGAUAGAUGGGACCUGGCAUGCUAUCAACACGGAUUUCUGCCCGGAUCUUCAGUCAAGCUUCAUCUCCAUUGGGCUUUUCAACUUAAUCACCAAUACUAUCAUCAUGCUGGUACCGCUUUACACAGUCUGGACUCUCAAGAAAGUCAGUGUGUCGACUCGAUUGGGCCUCAGCGCAGUCUUCUUAUUGAAUUUCGGAGUGAUCGUGGUUUCUGUCACGAGAAUUGCUGUGAUGAUCGGCGUCCGCGAUCUGUCCGAUGUCAUAGACAGCAUGGUGACAGUAACGUUUCUGUCGGUGUUCGAAGUCAACCUGAGUAUUUUCUGCAACAGCCUGCCGAUGCUUCUGCCACUAUACACCUAUUGGAAGAAUCGCAGAUUUGGCGGAGAUGGGGAGGACGAGUACGUGUCGAGGCUCAGAGGCGACAGCCAGUCCCGCAGGCACGAGCACCUUGUAGAGGACCUUACCAACGGCAUACCGCUCGAGACUAUCUACGGGAAGGAUAACGUGCACUUCACAACGACAGUUGGGCGGGGUGAGUCGUCGAGACGGACGAAUGAGGAGCAGUCCGAGGACGACGGCUCGGACUCGGAGUCGACGAGGAGGCUUCCGCGGAAUGCGCAGGCCAUAACGAUUGAGACGAAAUGGUCGAUAACGGAGGAAACAGUCAAAUAG